UCAAUAUGGUUUACGAGCUCGGGUAGUACAGUUGAUUAUAUUGAUUCGCAGUUUAGUGUCAAUACAUUUGGAAAUUAUCAUCCGAAUUUGUAGAACGGUGCCUAAUAUCUUUAGGCACCGAACAUUUGGAAAGUCAUAACACAUCAAUUCUUAUGACACAACAUUAGCAAGAUGAGUGAAAUGAUGGUUUAUAUAAACGACGGCGCGUAUCAUGGGUACGUUUCCAAUGCGGUCAAUAUACAGAAACGGAAUUUGAUGGACAUCGCCAAGUUCGACAAUGGAUUCUUCUAUCCGGGCCAUGACAUCCAACAGUGGGGCAAACCGAAAGCGGAAGUAAAUGUUUACCCUUGGGGUCGGAGGCGUGUUCACCGGAACAACAUUAUUGCCAUUGGCGGAGCUGUGUCCUGCCCGCCACUGCAUGUUUGGGAUUACGUUUUGACGGGGAUGGGAGAGAUGGAACCAAGCGGUAUGUAUAUGCAGUAUAUGCCGGGCCGAGUCUGCUACGUGCCUCAUCUUCCGCACCACGAACACAAUUGCUACUCCGUUCGACUUUACAAUGGCAAAGUUGUGAAGAAGAAGCGGAAAUUGUUGGUAAAGAUCGGCAAGUCCCGCUACCGUGGAAUACUUAGCUGUAUCGGACUGGACGGUUGCCCGCGGAAAAGGUGCCAAAAAGAUAAAUCGAUGGUUUUCCUAAAUGAUGAUAGUGAUGAUGAUGAUGGUGAUGAUGAUGAUGAUGAUGAUGAUGAUGAUGACGAUGAUGAUGACGACGACGACGAUGACGACGAUAUUGGCAAAAAAGAUAACGAUGACAGCGAUGAUUGUGAUAGUGAUUCUAAAAAGGAAAACAAAACACAACGAAAGAAAAAAGAAGCGAAUAAGGACAGACAAAGAUCCAAGGAAAAGGAAACGAAAAGUUUAGUCCGGCAGGAGGACCUCACUAAAAUUGAGAAGGCUAUUCAGACAGUCAGUACAAAGAUCGAAGAAACUGGGACCAAAAUUGAAAAUAAGAUGCAGAUAAUAGGUGCACAAAUGGAUAGCAAAACAUGUCAAACAAACGUUGAAAACAUAAACACAACAAUCACAUUAGUUGGAGAGGAAAUAAAAGAGGCAAUACAAGAGACCAGUAGGAAGAUUUCAGAAGGAACUCGUACUACCGCCGACAAAAUUGACGAGCUUAAGGAACACAUGAAUAAAAUCAAAAUUACAAAAGACAGUCCUAUUCCAUCGCCUGCUCUGUCCCCAACACCCGUCUCUAAUCGCAAAUCGAAAGGAGAAGAAGAAGAAGAAGAAAAGGGAGAAGAAGGAGACUUAAGUAAAGGUCAGGAGGUCUUGGCACGAUGGUCUGAUGACGGAUGGUAUUAUUUUGGGCAUAUAGAAAGUAAGGGAAAAAGUAAGGGGAAAAGUAAGGUCAAAGGCAAGGAUGAAAGUAAAGAUAAGGGUAAGGAAGAUUGUAGGGGGGAAAGAACAGAAGAUACAAUAUGCUGGAAGGUAAGGGACAGCACCGGUCACACCGAAUACAUACAGCUGAGGAACAUACUAACGGAAGAGGAACGAAGACAGCAAAUAAUUCAGAAGGAUGAUCAUGUUAUUGCUCCUCAUCCUGACUACUACUGCAGUUAUGCUCCGGGACAUGUUAUACAAGUGUUCGAAAAAAGAGUAAAUGUGGUUUUCUUUGAUGAUCGUCACGAGCGACUUAAAAUUAAAGACGUAUACAAAAUUUCACAAGAGCAAUAUCACGACGACGUUAUUACAAUUAAACAAUGCGAAGAGGAAUUAAAGGGAGCAGACGCCGUUAUGUUAGAUAAUACGACUGGGAAAUAUAUUCCAGUGACUGUGCGGGCUCCAACAGGGCAGCAAUGGUUCAAGAUAUUCGACCAAAACAUGAAACAGAGGGGCAACCACAUAUUCCCAAAUGAUCUAUUACCUGAUAGUGAUCAUCUGAACUGGAAGUACGCUCUUGCUCCUGUGAAAGGUCACAUAUAUAUGCCUGCAAAAAUACGAAAGACCGUAGAGCGGUAUUUCAUCGUCCAAUUUUGUGAUAAACAGAGGGCCAAAGUUUGGGUGGAGAAGAGCGAUUGUUUUUAUCUCAGCAAGGUGUACUACGACUUUGCUGUUAAAUUUUUACCAGCACAAAAUAAAGCAGAGUAACAGUGCUCGAAAAAUCACAAACAGCUAGCAAAUGACGGAAACUUUCAAUACGGUACAUCUUAAAAACUGAAGAAUAGGGGCUGGAUUUAAUAUCCACCCUAGAAUUUACUUUUUUUAAUAUAACAAAAAAAAUGGCAAAUGAACUUAAUGGAGUCACUGAGGAGGAUCUAAGGACAAGUGUAAGAAUGAUAUUGAAUACGGCCUCAGUAGUCGGUAAAGAGACGGAUUUCAUUACCUCUGAUUCAUUACUGCGUAUUUCACAUACUAAAAAAUCAACGUUUCCCAGAAUGAAAAGAUGUUUCCAUUAAAACAUUAGGCAUCAUUCACUUUCUUGAUACCGCAUUGAUUGCGCUGUCUGUUUGAUAUAUUGUAAACUUUUUCUCUGUAUUGUUUGGGAAUAACUGCUGACACAUAUAUAUAUAUAUUAUGACUCUAACUUGUUACUCUUUGUUUACUUACGUUGCAUUCAGACAAUAAAAGUUUUACCGCUGCUGCCGAAUCAAGCAGUAAUGUCAAUUCCUCCUGCGGUAUUUUUACCAAGCUUGGUGUU